CAAAGGAAAAAACUAUUGAGUUUAUAACAAAUGAGAUAAACAAUGACACGGAACAGUCACCUGCAAAUCUCAUCGUGCCAAAUACCCCGUACCAUUUGGUGAGAAGUGAAGUAAUGGAAGAUAAAAUAAUAAAGUUUGAUGAACUGACAUAUAAACAUGGAGAAUUUGGUGAGAUAAUAUGGGAUGGUAUACUUGUGAGAUUAAAAUUGUUAGAAAAUUUUGAGAUACCCGUUGAUGAAUAUGCGGAUUAUAUUAAACGGUUAGCACUCGAGCUCUCCACAUUUAGCCAUAAUAAUGUGCUUAAAACUUUUGGCCUUACGUUCGAAAACCAUAGUAACAAUUAUUACUUUGUUCACGAAUAUACGAAUGACGGUGACUUACGUCAUUAUCUUAGGCAAAAACAUUCGCUGAGUUGGAGAGAUAAAUUUGAGAUCACGCGUCAAGUAGUUAAUGGUUUAAAUUUUCUCCAUGAUGAGAGAGUUGUACAUACUGAAUUGCAUCCAUAUAAUAUUUUUGUACACGACGGAAUUCCGAAAAUAGCAAACCUUGGAAACCUUGGAGCAUCUAAAAUGUAUUCUAACGGCAACAAUUCAUACUCAAAAUAUAACCCACCUGACUCCUUACGAAAAAAAUAUAUUCGUGACAAGGCCAAGUUAAAUAUAUAUAGCUUGGGUGUGUUAAUGUGGGAAAUAGCACAUAAUGGUGUCGAACCUUUUUGUAGCAACUAUCAUAUAAUAGAUGAAACGCCGCUUAAAUUUAAAAAGCUAUACCAAAAAUGUUGGGACAACAAUCCUC